AUGCUGUGUAUCGGCGAUAGAAAAGCUUAUCUAAUUGAUAAUGAGUAUGGAAUUUUCGAAAGCGGGGCUGAUAAUGAGUAUAUUUGAAAUAAAAUUAGCAUGUAUCAAACAGAUUAUUUCUCAAAAGGAGUUAAUGCUAAUUGUGAAAAUUCAGUAUAUUAUUCUACUAUGGAAGAUCACACAAUGAGCAUAUAUAAGUUUUAUUUAGAUGAAAAGAGGCUCUAUGAAAUUAAGAAUGUUUAG